CCCUCUCUAGAAAGAAACGUUUUUGGUGCAAUCCCUGGUCGGUGGUUCACAAAUAUAUACAGAUAAGGAAGUGGUAGUAGGAGUCUAGUAGAAGAAAGAAAGAAACGACACAAAGCAGAGCCAAAACAAAGGCUUAAUGACGUUACCUCUUAAGUCUUGUUCCAUUUCUGAGAAUUUUGAUACGAAGAAGAAGAAGAAGAAAAGACCAAUAAUUUUGAAUUCUAAAGUUGGGUUUUUGUUGUCGUUGAUAGUUUUGCUGUCUCUGCUUCCGAUCUGUGUGUUGGGCGAGAAACGUCAAGAAAAACAUCAAAAGAAGCUGUCCUUUGGGUCAAAUGGAGAGUUCAAGAUUCUUCAAGUGGCUGACAUGCACUUUGCUGAUGGAAAGUCCACUCCUUGCUUGGAUGUUCUUCCGAGUCAAGUCAAGGGCUGUUCUGAUCUCAACACUUCGGCUUUUAUCCACCGAAUGAUCCUUGCUGAGAAACCCCAUCUCAUCGUUUUCACCGGGGAUAAUAUAUUCGCAGCGGACACCACGGAUGCUGCUAAGUCUUUGAAUGCUGCAUUUGCACCGGCGAUCUCGUCCAACAUCCCAUGGACAGCAGUUUUGGGGAACCAUGACCAGGAAUCCGCCCUCUCAAGGGGUGGGGUAAUGAAGCACAUAGUUGGUUUAAAGAAUACUUUGUCUCAACUCAACCCUUCAGAUGUUGAAUUUAUUGAUGGUUAUGGGAACUACAAUCUUGAGGUUGGUGGUGUCGCGGGCUCUAGUUUCGAGAACAAAUCGGUGCUCAAUCUCUACUUCCUUGAUAGUGGGGAUUAUUCCACGGUCCCAUCCAUCCUGGGAUAUGGUUGGAUCAAAGCCUCUCAACAAUUCUGGUUCCAACGUACUUCUAGAAAACUUAGGAGAGCAUAUAGGAACAAGCCACUAGCUCAAAAAGGACACGCACCGGGGCUUGCAUACUUUCACAUCCCAUUGCCUGAAUUUGCUAGUUUUGACUCGUCAAACUUUACGGGUGUCAAGCAGGAAGGCAUUAGCUCUGCAUCUGUGAACUCAGGAUUCUUCACAACCAUGGUUGAAGCUGGGGAUGUGAAGGCAGUUUUCACAGGCCAUGAUCAUCUGAAUGACUUUUGUGGUAAGCUAACCGGUAUACAUCUAUGUUAUGCUGGGGGGUUCGGAUAUCAUGCUUAUGGGAAGGCUGGGUGGGCAAGGAGAGCCAGGGUGGUGGUAGCAACAUUGGAGAAACUGGACAAGGGUGGUUGGGGAGGCGUGAAGUCGAUCAAAACGUGGAAACGCCUUGAUGAUAAGCACCUCAACGCCAUCGACAGCCAGUUCCUCUGGAUCAAGCAUUCUUCUGGUAACAGAAGAAAGAAGCAGAUCCCUAGUGCUUGAGUUAUGGCUUUAGGUUGGAUGUAGACAUGGAUUUUGUUGAAUAAACUCUAUCUUGAGGCUCAACUUUGUACACGUAUUUUUAGUUUUCAUAAAAGCGAUAAAACAAAAAAUUGGUAUUACGAUGGAAUCAACAAUAUACGUAAUGAUCAUAUGCUAGCACCGUUGGUCUUCACUUGUGCAUUCUGGGUGUAUUUCAUUAUUCAUUGUUAGUUCAAUAUUUUUAUUUUAUAUUAUUUUAUUUUUGUUGAGGAGUAGUUCAAUAUUUUAGAGAUGGUGCAUAAAUUCUUAUUAUACUUUUAUCAGA